AUGGCCUUGAAGCGAAAGCAGUCGUCCUCGUUAGGACUUGAAAGAAGAGUGCGACCGAGAAAGGAAGACGAAUGGGAGGAGGAGCCUGAGAGCCAGAACUCCUCAAGUGAGGAGGAGGAGGAGGACGAUGAGGUUGAGGAACAGGGUAUUCGAGGCGAAUAUUCUGAGGAUGAAGAGGAGGAGGACGUUGAAGGCCAAGAAUUAGAAGAUGGCUCAGAAGACGAGUCUGAGCCCGAAGAAGAUGCACCAAAGAUAGACCUCUCAUCCGUCUCAUUUGGUGCCCUCGCAAAAGCACAAGAAUCAAUGCCCUCUGCAGGACGCAAAUCAAAAUCAAAGCAAUCCGCAGGCGAAGACACUACAAAGACAGAAACACCAGCACCUCGCAAGCCCACACGAUCAAAAGACGACCCCAAACCAAAGCGCUCAUCCAAACACGCCCCCCAAGAACAAACCUCCAAGAAACCUGUAUCUCGUCGUCGCGAGAUCAUCCCUGAAAACAAGCGCCAAUUCCGCGACCCACGCUUCGAUCCUUUAGUUGGCCGCGUCAACGAAGAAAAGGCCAGCAAAGCCUACGCCUUCCUGGACGAGUACCGCGACAAGGAGAUGGCCGACCUGCGCGCACAGAUCAAGAAGACCAAAAACUUUAACGAAAAGGAGAACCUCAAGCGUCAGCUACAGUCCAUGGAAUCCCGCAAGAAGGCCAACCUGCGCAGACAGGAGGAGGAGAAGCUGCUAAAGGAGCACCGCCAGAAGGAGAAGGAGCUUGUGGCGCAGGGCAAGACGCCUUUCUACCUGAAGAAGAGCGAGCAGAAGAAGCAACUCCUCGUGAACAGGUACGAGGGUAUGAGUAAGGGACAGGUUGAUAGAGCGAUUGAGAGGAAGAGGAAGAAGGUUGCUGGUAAGGAGAAGAAGGAAAUGGACUUCUUACAACGCCGAGGAGCAAGGGGUUGA